AUGGGAACGCUUCGAGACCUUCAGUUCGCCCUGCAACUAAAGAUUGAGGAGCUCCGUCAGAGGGACACCCUGAUCGAUGAGUUGGAGCUGGAACUCGACACCAAGGAUGAACUCAUUCGGAGACUUCAGGAGGAAUUGGAUCGCUACAGAGCCUCCGUUGUCUUGCCGGGACCCUCGGCAGCCAGCGCUGCCUGCUCUAGUCAUGGUGCUGACCUGCGAGUUGCCAACAAGAAGACGGUCAUUUCAGAGUCCUUCACUCUGGAUUCGACGAAUUGCUUCACCUUAUGUGACAAAAAUGAGGAGAGUCAGAAGUUGAUCCAGGCCGCUUUUUUGAAAAGUCACCUGUUGAGGAACCUCAACGAAGAUGAAACGAGAGCCGUCACGGCCCGCAUGCAACUCACGACCGUCCGUCACGGCUGCUGCGUGAUCCAGCAGGGAACCAGCGGCGGCUCGCAGGCUUACGUUGUACAAGAGGGGAGGCUGGACCUGACAAAAGAUGGAGAAAAAUUGCUCACGAUCGAAGCAGGGGAAGUAUUCGGAGAGGUGGCGCUGCUCUACAACUGCACGCAAAUCUACACCGUCACAGCACAGUCGGACAGCAAGCUGUGGGUUAUCGAGCGCAAGAGUUACCAGACCGUGCUCAUGCAGAGCGGCCGCAACAGCCUCACGAGGACGUCGGAGCUGCUGAGCAGUGUUCCCUCGCUGCUGUCCUUGCCAAAGGAUGCCAUCAUGAAGAUGUGUGAUCUCAUGGAGGAGGCUCGCUACACUCAAGGCGACUACAUCAUUCGGCAAGGCGCCUCGGGGGACACCUUUUAUGUCAUUAACAAAGGCCAGGUGAAAAUCAGCGAAAAGAAGGCAGGGGAUGAAGAGCAAAUCAUCUCCAAGCUCUCGGAGAGGCAGUGGUUUGGAGAGAAAGCUUUGUGGGGAGAGGAGGUGAGUGCUGCCAAUGUCAUCGCGGUCACUGACGUUGCGUGUUUGCUCAUCGACAGAGAGACCUUCAGAGAUAUCCUUGGAGGGAUGGUGUUUGACAGCAGUCCCGAGACGCAACAGAAGACCGAAUGCAAAGACGAGCCAGAAGUCAAGGAUCCCGCCUCGCUCGCAUCCUCCACCUUAAGCGAUUUCCAGAUAAUCAGCACUCUAGGAGCAGGGGACUUUGGUCACACAGACCUGGUGCAAUUCAAGAGCAAUGUCAAGGAUCUUUUCGCCAUGAGGGUCCUCGACAAGAAGAUGAUUAUCCACAACGGCCUGCGAGAGCACGUCGUGAGAGAACGGAAUAUCCUAAUGGAUGCCGCAUGUCCAUUCCUAGUCAGGUUGCACAAAACCUUUCAAGAUGCCGAGUGCCUCUUCAUGUUGACCGAGGCUUGUCUCCAUGGGGAUCUUUACAGCUUGCUCAAAGACAAAGGCUGUCUGGAUGAGAGCAGCACCAAGUUCUACACGGCUUGCGUGACGCAGGCCUUGACCUUUCUCCAUGCACGAAAUGUCGUCUAUAGAGAUGUCAAGCCUGAAAAUAUUGUUUUGGAUGAGCGAGGAUAUGCCAAACUGGUGGGCUCCAAAUGUUUGAAGAAGAUUGAAGUGGGUAAAAAGACGUACACCUUCUGUGGCACUCCAGGCUACAUGGCCCCCGAAGUCAUCUUCAACAAAGGCCACAGUGUAGCUGCAGACUUUUGGUCUUUGGGUGUUUUUGUGUUUGAGCUCCUGAGUGGUGGGCUUCCGUUCAACGACGUUGACCCGAUGAGGCUCCUCAGCGAGACCGUGCGCGGCAUUGACAACAUCGACUUCCCUAAAGCAAUCAGCAAGAUUGCCUCCAGUCUCAUAAAGAUGCUGUGCAGGCACAAUCCCUCGGAGAGGCUAGGCAGUCGAAGAAACGGGGCCAAGGACAUUCAGAAGCACAAAUGGUUUGAAGGAUUCAACUGGGAGGGACUAAGUAAAAGAACAUUAAGUCCACCGCUCAGCCCCAAAGUUAAACACACGUGGAAUAGCAGCGGUACAUGUGCUCACUAUAGAGGAGAUGCAGCCGAGCUAUGCACAACAUGGCAGGACUUCUGAUGAUGGAUGAACUUUUUUUUGGGGGGGGGGAGGGGGUAAUCGUCAAGAACAAUUCACUCACUGCCAGGAAAAACAUCGAUUUUAUAUUACCUCCAGAUUCUGUUUGAUAAGGAACACAUGGUUGUCCCCAAAGAGCACGUUUCAUUCUUUUGUUAAAAACAAACACACACACACUCAUAU